ACACGCUCGACAUCAGCAUGGACAUGUUGAAAGUAUUCACUGUUGGCCUUCUUCUUUUUGUUCACGAAUUAAGGAUCACAAAUGCAUCGUCAUUUAUUUUCCAGGCAGGGAAGAGCAAAUUCAGCACAACGCAUUUCGAAAAUUUCACGCUGGAAAUUAAGAACAACACAUUGUAUAUGGACAUGACAACCUUAAAGUCGGUCCACCGAGGCCUCAAGGUCCUCAUCGACACCCAGAUCAGUCUCGACAAGGGCAAGAGCUACCAACGCCUCUUCGCCCACAUUCUGGACACCUGUGCCGUGGUUUCCUCGGUGAGAGCCAACAUCUUCAAGAGCUGGUUCGACAGUAUGCUGGAGCACGGAAACUUUAUGGUCAACUGCCCCGUUCCCGCGGGUCACUACUUUCUGCAUGACUGGAAGCUGGACUCGCAGUUGGUUCCACACUAUUUGCUUCCCGGGGAAUAUUGUAUCACUGCUCACUUUUUCUAUGGGAAGCACAAGUCAAAGCAGGAGGAUUUUUUUCUGGACUUGGAAGUCUAUGCUCUGCUCAAAGCUACCUAGGUCCACAAUUCGAUACAGUCAAUUGACUUGCGUUCAUAAAUAAAGCGAAAGCAAAAAGCCAGAUCUGAAACAACGAGUUACCAUGAAGCGCCAUUUCGAAGUAAUUUAAAACCAAUUAGGGAAUCCGGCCCGUGUGCAAUCAAAUAACAAAACCACCAUUGAGAGCAGAUUGCCAUUGCAC